UAAAUUUCAUGAUGAGAUCCUGCUAGUUCUUCCCAAGGGCAAUGAGGCUAUCAAGAAAAAAAUAUUGAGUGAAAUGAACAUAAGAAAUUGGGAUAAAAUCGCUGAGGAUAAUAAGCACUUGAUGGAUUGGUAUAAUUACCGGGGACAGAAGGGUAUGGGUAAGCCGUAUGACCCAAAAAAACCUGCUCAUUUUCUGUCCUUGCUCCGGAAUGUGGAUUCUCAUAAGUAUGCGAAGGAUUUUUUUGUGGACGGGUUUAUCGACCGCCUGCUGUUCGCCUGCUAUCCAGUACAACUGUCUGAAAUGCAAGAAGCUCUGUGGAAAUAUGAUAGGUUAGGGCAUUUAUAUAUUGAAGAAAACUUCAAUGAUGGCUGUGCCCAUAUCACAGAUGCUAUGCCGAGAUGUGCUCCCCAAACUGCCCAGGAACCAGUAGCUUCGUCUUCAGAUGAUGUUAUUGUGUACCCAAAAAAGAAGGGAGAAACUAUACUAAAGAAGUCUGAAGUUGAGCACCCAGCUGCAAAGGUUCUUGUUGAGUUGGUCGAGCUCGAAGACCGAGAGGUUAGAGAUGGACCAACAUCUGUUGUUUUUAUCGCCGCAGAGUUGAUCAAGAGAGGCAAUGAUCGUAUGACAAACAAAAUCCAUCUCACUAAUACUAUUAGUGGCUACAGGCUUGCAAUGCAUGAAGCUUGCAAGUAUGUUGAAGAGAAGUUGGCUAUCGAGGUUGACAAACUUGGGAAAGAGUCCCUUAUAAACUGUGCUAAAAUUAGCAUGUCCUCGAAACUGAUUAAUAGUGACAGUGAUUUCGUUGUGAAGCUGGCUGUAGAGUCUGUUCAAGCUGUUAAGACUACAAACGGCAAGGGAGAAUUGAAGUAUCCUAUCGAAAGCGUUAAUAUUUCAAAAACUCGCGGUAAAUGCCGUUCCGCUCAAGUAAUGCUUACUAGAGUUACCUCAGCUAGAAUUGCUUGUCUUGAUUUUAACCUUGAAAAGACACAAAAGCAAGUGGGUGUUCAAGUUCCCGUAUCUGAUCCAAGGGCUCAGAGAGAAUCUGACACCAGAAAGGAGACGAUUGAGAAAAUUCUUAAGGCUGGGGCUAAUGUUGUAUUGACCACCAAGGGAAUCAAUAAUAUGUCUCUGAAGUACUUUGUUCAGGCUGGAGCAAUUGCAGUAAGGCAUGUGCGUAAGGAGGAUUUGCAUCGUGUUGCCGAGGCCACUGGUGCAACUAUGGUGACUACUUUUGUUGACAAGGAAGGUGAAGAAACAUUUGAUUCAUCAUUCCUUGGGUAUGCUGAUGAAGUCGUCGAGGAAAGAAUUGCUGACGAUGCUGUUAUUCUGGUGAAGGCGCAAAAAAUUGCUUACAGCCUAAAGAUGAACCCUAGCUAGGUCCAAUAGGGGUUGACCAACUUAUCAAUUUCAUGCAUGAUUCCAGUGUAUAUAAAGCAAAAGCAGUCUACUCUAGACAUACUCUCUACAGUAACAGGUUCAUGGCAUUUUUUUUUCCAAAUAGAACAAUAGUAACAGAAACCAAAAACAACUUCAGAAGAAAUCCUGAGCAAGGGUGAGAAGUCAGAAGACACGUAGGUUUUGUUCCCAGAAGCUGGCAAAAACUCUUGUACCGUGACUACUGAUGUGAUUUUUUUA